CAGAAUUUUAAGCAAAAUGGCGACAGGGUAAUGGAUGGAGGACGAAAACGAGCAGUAAUCAAAUGUAAUGACAAACUUACCUAUUAUUAUCAAUUUCUGCACUAGAAAGGAAGGAUUUCAGGAGACAUCCAGACAGGCCCGAUGCUGUGGGACAGAGUGACUGUUGAGCCAACAUGGCUGACAUAAAGCCUAAAGCAGAGGAGGACAAAGAGGGGGACACCGCAUCUGACAGGCCUUGGCGUCGGCUGAGCACUCCCUCCCCUACUGCCCAGAGCAGAGCCACGGCUCUCUCUCCAUAUCCUGAGUACAGGCCUUUCAAUGGACCCCAGCCAGAGCCCGCAUCACCAUCAGGAGAGAUUAUUAGCAGACCUCCAUCACAUUCCACCCAAGAGGGACAUUCACAGCUGCAGGAGGAAUCCGAUGGUGAUUCGACCGGUGGCAAUGGCCCCAACACAGUGGAGGACUUCACUGCACGGGUCUCUCCAAAAUUCCCUACGUGCCCUCAGUUAGACAACAUCAGCUCUGGAAAACACAGAGUAACCGAGGAGUUCCUAUUUGCAAAAAACAAAACCUCUCCUCAUAUCAAGUCAGAGGAGGCAUCGGCCUCUGAAGCUGCGUCUGACAGCGAGAAUAGUGAUUUUGAGCUAUCGCACCUGGAAGCGCCGCGCAACCACUCCCUUAAUGAACCCUCCGGCCAGAACCGUGUGGCCAGGGCACCAGCUGGGGGGAGAUCCUUGUGGGACUUUGGGUCAGAAUCCUCGGAGAGCUCUUCGGAUGACUGUGACGAAGACUCGACCUGGGAGCCGCAAAGCGAAUUCAUGCACUUACUGUGGACCAGUCCCAAGAGAACGGAGUCCUCGUCGUCAUCGGUCAGCCAGAGCCGCAGGAAGAGGAAGCUGAACGCCGUGGACAGGGCCGGAGACGGCAGCUUUGGUCCCUUAGCCAAACAGUCCCUGACUUAUGAUUGUUCGGACGACAACGACGCGUUGGUUAGCAAAGAGCCCAACGUCAGGAGGAAGCCUAAUGCCAAAUCACCUGUGCCCCCCCAGUUAGACUGUAGUGACGAAGCAGUAGGCACGAAAGAGCACUUUAUCAAAACUCAAUGCCACGAGGGGAGCGACACUGAGAGCGCCAAGCUGAAUCACGUGAGUGCGGAAUCGGUGUCCGAACCCGACGGCGAGCCUUUGUUCUUCCCCUGCACCAAGUGCAACGUCAACUUCAAGGAGAAGGCCCACUUGCACAGACACAUGCUGCACCACCAGGCGCCGCCCAGCGUCAACGCGCCGCGGCCCUUCAUCUGCCGCGAGUGCGGCCGCUCCUUCCGCGACGGCGGCGCCCUGCAGAAGCACAUGGUCAUCCACCAGGCGCGGCGCGAGCGGCUGAUGGAGGAGAUCAAGGGCCUGAGCGAGCUGCAGGACGAGGGCCGGCUGGCCCGGCUGCAGUGCCCGCAGUGCGUCUUCGGCACCGACUGCGACAAGACCUUCGUGCAGCACGCCAAGACGCACGAGAAGGACAAGCGCUACUACUGCUGCGACGGCUGCAGUCACAUGGCCACCUCCCAGCAGGAGCUGGAAGCACACCGGUGCACCGCCCACACCGAACACCACGUCCACAGGAGGCCCGCCGGGGGCCUGGAGGAGGCGAGGACGGGGACCAAUCGGAUCACCUUGUUACACUGUAAAAUAUGCCCCUUUAGCACACCCAAUAGGACCAUCCUGAAAAAGCACACGGAACUAAUUCACCGACAGCCAUAUUUUGAAAAGAAUGAGGAAGAGGCGGAGGACGAGGAUGACAAGGGGAAGCCAGUUAGUAGAUUUGCCGAGCCGAAGAAGCCGGGCUUGGACCUGCACAGGUUAAGUAGCCAAGCCAAGCCUGGCCACUCUCGCCUGUCACAGCUGAGGCCAAAGCUGAACUCGGAGAUGCCGGCUCUGGGGAAGGGAAGCGCGCCGCCCUUUUGGUCUGGUGGCAUCGCUGACCUCUGUGUGCGAAACCGAGUCUCGCAACAAAAAGACCGGGAAGGUCUCAGCUUGCCGCUGUUCAAAUGGAGCUUUGGCAGCUCAACAAACAAGCUGUCAUCAUCUCUCCCGAGACUUGACAAGCCAAGCAAAUUAUCUCCCCCGCUGACAGCAAGAAUAGAUGUGACAACGGGCCACCUGCAUGACGAAGAGGGCAAUCAGGAAUGCACAGUGUUGAGGCCAGGAGACGGGGAGAAAACAAAACAUGUUAGUGACUCUGAAAUGCGCUCGAAUGCCAAAGUGGACAGAUCCGGCGAGGAGAUCCGUCAAAACCACAAAACUGACCACGAAGGCGGCAACGUUGACACUCCGAGCACUAGAGAAUUGCCAUCCAAACCUGUCCCCCACAGGACGCUGUCCAAAAGGAAAAUGUCCAUCCCAUAUCAUAACACGCUCAAGCCAAAACCAGAACCAUUAUCACCAGUGCUUACAGAAGAUGAUGAUGAUGAUGAUGAUAAUGAUGAGGAUGAUGAUGAAGAUGAGGAUGAUGACUGUGAUUAUGAUGAUGAUGAAGAUGACGAAGAUGACUCCUUUGACUUUAGAGAUUACUCGUCCACGUUCCUCAAUAGCAGUGAGGGCAAACUGAACACUUUCAUGUCUCCGAAUCCCCUCUACCUUCCUAGAUCGCGGCUGCCCAUCCGAAAGGACAUCCUCCAUUCCAAUGGCUCAGAGGACGAGGAGGAGAGCGACUGCGAUGACAUCCAGGAUCUGGUCAUCAAGGAGGAGUGCGAGGAGACCGCCGUGAGCCUGGACGACGGUCCAUCCUCGGAGUCGAUGCGAGGGCCCUUCUCCGGGCGCCAAGGCCCGCCUCAUUUCUCCAAUGACAGGAAGUCCUGCCCGUACUGCCCGGCAGUCUUCGAGUCGGGAGUGGGCUUGUCCAAUCACGUGCGCGGGCACCUGCACAGGGUUGGGCUGAGCUAUGACGCCCGGCACAUGGUGUCACCUGAGCAGGUGGCGUCUCAGGAUCGGCAGCCACGGAUACGGAGGAAGGCUCCCUCCACCCUCUCCCGCCGACUCAAGAAAGCUGCGGUGGACAAGCCUGAGUCUCAGACUGAGCACACGUGCCCGCUAUGCUGGGGCUGGUUCGACACCAGGACGGGCCUGUCCAACCACGUGCGCGGCCACCUGAAGCGCAUCGGCCGCGGCCUGGGCCCCGGCGGGCCCGGCUCCAGCAGCCGCUCCCCGCUCUGCAUCCUCAACGAGCUGCUCAGGGACGAGACGGAGCACCGCAGCCUGUUGGCCCUGCUCGGCCGCCGGCCGUCCCACUCGCGCCCCUUCGUCUCGCAGAAGUUCGCCAGCAGCGACGGCCUCUUCCUCACCCCGACCGGCGUCCCCGUCAAGGUCCAGCACUCCAGGGCGGCUCGGGUCGGCGCCGGCGCCCCAGCCGAGUGCGACGGAGGGGGUGGGGGAGAGCCCAAGAGCAGGCUGUGGUCCGGGGACGAGGCGGCGGCGGAGGGCAAGAAGAAGGAGAAGAAGUUGGAGGAGGAGGAGAUCAGGGUGGAGGACCACAGGGGUGGGGGCGCAGUCCCGUCCAGCACGCUGGUGGAGCUGCUGAGGAGGAGGAAGCAGGAGCGCGAGCAGGAGAUGAGGGAGGGCCAGCAGCAGCAGCAGCAGCAGCAGCAGGUCCACGGGGUCAGGCGGCCGCUGCCCAGCAGCCCAGCCAGGGAGAGCGGUGCCAGGCUGGCCGCCCUCAAACCAGACCCAUGCUGGAGCCAAGGGAAGACUGACGUGAAGAAAGUUUGCAUUCACUGCAACACGACCUUCCACAGUGCUGUCAGCUUAUCCAAUCACCUUCGAGCGUAUGCUCGACGGAAGAGAGCUGCAUUGUUAGAAGGGACAACCUAUGAUUGCAAACAGAAGAAGCCAAGAUCAAGACCAGGGCCAAAGAAGAAAAUGUUCUCAUUGCCACACACGCCAGAAGAGAUCUACAGACUCACUUGCAGGUUCUGCGACCUGGUCUUCCAGGGUCCACUCUCGGUGCAGGAGGACUGGAUCAAGCACCUCCAGCGCCACCUCAUGCAUACCAGCGUCCCGCACACGGGCGCCGCCAUGGUGGAGGUGACGGCCGUCUGCAAGGAGCUGCCCCCACCACCCCCACCCGAGCGCCUGCUCCUGCCGCGCCAGCACACUCCCCUUCAGGUGCCCCCCACAGUCUCCUAAACUGCCCCCCCACCCCAUAAAUACCCUCACUGUCUCCCCCGCUUCAGAAACCCUGCACAUGUAUAUAACUACAGGACAGAUAGAUAUAUAUUAUAUAUGAAAUAUAUAUAUCAGAGGUAUAUAUAAAUAUAUACUUAAGAUGGAUAUAUAGAGAGGUAAGAGAUUUCUUUUUCUUCUUUCUGUAUUGCACAUCUACCUUGUCAGUCCAUCUGUUUUGGUAUGGACAACUGUUCUGGAAGCCUGGCACCGCCCUCUUCACUUGGGUUGGUGUGAGAGGCAGCACCACUUCCUCAGCACGUUAACUACGACGAGAUUAUUUUCACCAGGUAAAGGUUGGCGCGACCUUUGCCAACCUCUCAGAGAGUUAAGGGCUGGGUGCUUUUUAAAGGUGCCCUCCGAUCAUGAUGCAGAAGUCCCAAUAGGUUCAAUAGCCAACCAAAAGCGACAACACAGACCUCAGAAAAUGUGUCAAAAGACCCUGACCGUCAUACACAUCACCUCGCCGGACCUAAAUGAGAACGGGGUCAUCUAAUUAAGAGCGAUCAAUAUGGCUGACCUCACGGAUACAGGCCCUGCUAAUGCCUAGCAGGCUCAUCGAUGGCGGUCGCACUGAUCAGAUGCUGUCUCGUGUCUUUUCACAUUGCCAAGUUUCUCAGCGAUGAAGGCCCUCAAUCUGUACUUGUGCUACAUUUUAACAUGUUAAUGAAAAUCAGUGGGAAUCACUACAGAUCCUACACAUACCAUUCACUGAACAAAUGAACUGUGAACGUGUGGCUAGCUGUUUUUUCUUUUCUUUUGGUCAAGCCUUCAAUGGUGAAAUGGACUUUCCAAACCCUCAAUUGUAAUGCAAUACAUUGAAAAAGGUCAAAUCCGGGUUUUCUUGUAUUUAGAAUGUUUAUAACCUUAAUGAAGCACAUUGUAACAUGUAAUGUUGUUUGAUGCUGUAACUCUUCCAAAUAUUGCUUUAACGGAAAAGAAGCUUUUUCUCACUGGAAAAAUAGAUAUUAUUGCUUUAAAAAGAAGAUAAGCUCAUUUCUUAAGAUCAGUUUCAAUGCUGAUCACAUUUUUAUGGUGCUGAAACAUAAAAGCUGACAUAGUAUUCAGAGGAACAGAUUAUAUUUUUUUUCUUUUCCUUUUAAAAUAACAGUAAUGUGAGAAUACUAGAGACCUGUUUCCAAAUAACAACUAAUCUUACAUUGACUGGCUCAUUCUAGGGGAUCAUUGGGAUGAUUUGUCCCAUCUUGACAAUCACAAUAACAUUGUCUUGAUUUCAUGCUGGUCUGAAAAAAAGAUCACCUUCCAGACUGCCCUGUGUUGUGAUGUGUAGAGAUGCAUUCAUAUUGUGAAUGUGUUCAUUUUUAUGCCCUGAACUCUGUACUGUGAGAGGACACUGUUACUCUGAAACGGCCACAUGGUAUGGUAUGUGAUAUUUAGAUCAUGUACGAAAGACAGUGGCAGGUGUCGCUGCCAUCAGCUGUUAUCUAAAAUAAUGUUUUCCCUGAGAAGUUUGUGAACUUGGUGAUACAUGCCUGUACAAUCUAUGUUUGUUAUCUGUUUGGUUGAGCAUAGGACAAAGAUCUUGUUGUAUGCAGAGUAUCAUACAAUCAACAUUGGUUAGAACUUGAAAAAUCAUCUAGUCUGGGUCAGGUCAACAACUGUGCUCCACAGUAAUUCCCCACAGUGCUUUACCACGUUUAGCACUUAAUUGCACUCAACAACUAUGUGUGUUCACAUUAAGGUGUGGACACCAUGGAGGUAUAGCAUAAGGUUAAUUGAUUUGAUGUUAACUAGUUUUGCUAUGUUCAAAUUGCAACUAAUUGUGUAAUCUAAGGAAACGUAUGGAAACUUAAGUCCAUAUUUUUGCAGGGUUUUGGAGGUGUGCAGCAUUGGUUCCCAAAGGUUGAGGCAGGUUCUUCAGGGGUGAGCCAGAGUUAUAGCAAGGAUGGCAUCGGCUGAGAGUCCAGAGAAACCAUAAUGAUCAAUUACAGGUGACCGUGCUUGCACAGAGCCUAUAACUGAUUUUACCACCAACUUAUUUGGUGAUGAGUUCAUAACCUACAUUGUACUUGGCCUAAAUGUUAGGCGUGAUCGCUAGCCUAAUCAUGAAUACAACUGGCAUGACUCUAACAUGGCCACUAUAUGGACUGAUACACUUUUGUUUUUAAUUGUCCAAAAUAGGGGCCUGCCAUGAAAUGAUUGGGAACCACUGAUGUACAGUGCAGUCUAUUUUUCAAACUUAAUGUAAUUGACACUUAAGCCUACUUCCUUAACGUUACUGACUACAGAGAGAGUGUUUAAGAUAAGUUGCUAUAAGGAAACAGGACCUUCAUGUGUAACCCUAACCAUUCUAUAGGGGAUUCAUUUUGACUGCUUCAUUUGCAUAGUAUCUGUUUGGCUUUCUGUGAUUUAAAUACAGCAGUCACUCGCAGAAGUAAAAUAAAAUCAUAAGGUUUA